CCUCCUCCUCCUCCUCCUCCUCCCGGCUCGAGGCGUUUUGCUUCUCUUGCUCGCGGGGCGGCGCGGGCGGCGGCGCCAGCGGCACGGGCGAGGGGCCGUUGCCCCCGCCGCCUUCGCCCCGGCGGCGCCGCGCGCCUGGCUGGUCAGCGGGCCCCCUGCCUGGGCUGGCAAUGGACGACCCGUUCAAGAACGUCCCGGUCCGGGUGUCCCGGGAGGACGGCGCGGUCGGGGAGGACGGGCGGAAGGAGGAGUUCGACAUGCUGGUCGAGAGGGAGGUGGACGUCGGCAAGAUCAAGUCCAGGAUCGAGAUGGAGUUCGACGUGGUGCCGGCGGAGCAGCUGGUCCUCUUCCGCGGCCGGCCAGUGGACGACGAGAACGACGCCAACCAGCCUCUGUGCUCGCCGGACCUCGAGGACAUCAUCGAGGCAGCCGUGGAGGGGCACAGCAAGGCCCUGCAGAUGGCCAUCCUCCGGAGGCCCUUCCUGGUGCCGCCCUUCCUGAGGAAGCACGGGUUCGAGCACGUGAACGCGUGCAGGAAGACCGGCGCCACGGUCCUACACCACGCCGUGCGCAGGUGCAGCAUCCGCGUCGUGAAGGAGCUGCUGGGGGACCAGCAAUUCCUCAACGUGGACGGCUGCGACCGCUCUGGGCAGACAGCGCUGCACGCCGCGUGCGCGUGCCGCUUCCGGGAGGUGUGCCUGGCGAUCCUGGACGCGAAGAACGAAAACGGAUACAACAAAUUCGUUGCCGUCAGCAAGGCAGACUCGGAGAAGAAGACCGCGCUGCACUUUGCUGCCCUCUGGGGCGACGCCCCGGUCUGCAGGGCCAUAAUGGGCCACCCAGAGUUCGGGCCACAGCAUGCCGGCCUCGUCGACAUCUGCGGGUGCACGGCGCUCGACUACGCCGUCGAGGGCGGGCACGCGGAGGUGGCCGAGGAAAUCUCCGCGUUCUCCCCCGAGGAAGCGGCCGACCGCGAGAAGCGGGUCGCCGCCCGGGAGGCCAGGCUCGAGGCGGAGCGCGAGGCCACCAGGCUGGCCAGGGCGGAGCGGGAGGCGGAGGAGAGGGAGGAGGCGGCCCUGGCCGAACGCGCCGCGGCCGAACGUGCCGAGCUGGCGGCGUGUGAGGCGGCCGCCGCGGAGGCCGCCGGCCCCCACGGCGCUACAGGGGCGCCGGGCGCAGGGCGCGCCGAGCCGGCGCCCGCGGAGGCCGCGGGGCUGGCGGCCGCCGGCGCGCUGGCGGCGCGGGAGGCGGCUGCCGCGGAUGCCGCGGGGCCCGAGGGCGCUCCAGAGGCUGAGGUCGCUGGGCCCGAGGGCGCUGGGCCCGAGGGCGCUGGGCCCGAGGCCGCAGGGGCCGCCGCCGCCAGAGGCGGCGCCGAGCCGCCCGCCGGCUCCGAAGGGCCGGCCGCCGACGGCUGAGCCGCCCGCUCCGGGCUCAGGGCCCCUCCACGCUGUUCGUCGCGUGGGCGGGGAGCC